AUGCGCAGGGGAGCACGUCCAGCACCAGGGCGGUCCCAGGGUGCAGGGCUCUGCCCCUGCCUGAUGCCUCCUCCUCGCAGCCAGGCUGUUGGAAGCUACCAACCCACGGACGGCACUGAAGACACGCGUGAGCUCACCGCAGCGCCCACAGCCUCCGCAUCAGCGCUGUGGCAAAGACCCACGGGGACUACGGACACCCCACUAUGUCCACGGUGCGGUGCUCCGGGGUAUUGCGGCCGCCCACAGCAUCUGCCUGCCCCUCAGGAUCCACAACCUCCCCCUCCGGCGCCCGGCGCAGGGGAUCUCCCGACAUCCGCGUUCGAAAGCAAAAAGGGGCCGCAAACGAGGCGGCGUCCGCGGCCUCCCCGCGGCGGGGCUGCCGGCGGAGCGCGCUGCCUCGGCAGGCACGGACGGGGUUCGAACCCGCGAUCUUCGGUUUACGAGACCGACGCCUUACCACUUGGCCACCGCGCCCGACGGGCUAGCAGCACCGGCGCGCCGCCAGUGGAACGCAGCGAGCCGCCCCCCCGCCCCGGGGAGCUGCCGCCGGCGGAGCGGAGCGGGGCCCCCCCCAGCACCGGGAGCGGCCGCGGCCCCCGGGAUGGCGAGCGCCGCCCGCCCGGUGCGCGGGGGCUCCUGCAGGCGCGGGGCGGGGCACCUGGAACGGGCGUGACCGCCCCGAGGAACCGCCCCGGGCGGCGGAACGGGAGCUCCGCCUGCGGAGCGGGGCUGCCAGCGGCCCCUGCAGGAGGUGUCUCAGGACGCCUUUUCCGCUCCAGCCGCCGGCAGCGAGGGCCGCACCGGUGGUCACAGACCACGGAAUUACCGGCGGACACUGGUACUUCAUCCUCCCGACUGACACCUCCCGAUGUUUCUCCUGACAGCAAAGAUGCGCAUCGCGACACUCACGGGGUUCCCUCGGGAAACAGCAGCUCUUCUGGUUGA